CCGGAGGCAACACACCAUAACAUAUCUGUUGUCACUGUGUGUAAAUAUCGACGAUGUGUGAAGUUUAGUGUGUUGCGUUAGCUGUGUAUUAUUUAUAGUCAUAGUACUCCAUAGGUAGCACAAACAAGUGAAUUAAAAAUAAUAUUUGGAGAUCUAAUGCAGUCUAACGCGCUCCUGAACUCUAAGACACCCGCAAUGAGGUAGGCCUAAACUUAAAAUUACUAACUAUUUUACUUUUACUUGGGCUUGGGACUUGGGACUGAGUCAGGUCAGGCUCAACUCAUCAAAAUCAAGACUUCAAGUUUGGGAUCGUUUAAGUUAGCCUAGGCCGCCUAACUUAAUACUUAAUAUUAUAAAUAAUUUAAUAAUGUAUCCCCAUGUACCAUAUUAUAAUCUAAGUAAAUUACUUAGUGGUCCGGUAAUAGUAAUAAUAGUACUAAUAGUACUGAUAGGCCCACACGUCACACGUCAAUGAAAUUAAAAUUAAACAUAUUGUUACUUACGGCUACGAGUUAGUAGUGGUGGUAAGAUUUAGUUACUAAACUAAGAACUAAUAAGUCAUCUAAUUAAUAUACUAAGUCUAAAAGUUAAAUGAAUAAAACAUAAAGCCGUGGUGAUCAAAUAUCGUUUUGACCCGAUCGGAACCAGGGCCAGGGUUUUGAUCCAAGCUAGUGGCACUGGAGUUCAAACCACAGCAAAUGCCUACACAAGCAAAAACAUCACCAGCACCAGUUGAUGAUUCUCAACUCAUCUAAGAGAAGGCAAACUCUGAAAUCAAACCUGGAUAUUGAGUCCCGUACAUUAUAUAACAUUGACACAACAAUAAAAAUUCUUACAACUCCUGCGGCAUAGAAGCCUGAAGCAGAGGCAGAACACAUAAAGUGCACAGUGAAACACAUACAUGGGCACACUGUUGGCUAUCUACUGAAUUCUGGUUUAUUUUCAGUCAUCUUGACUAAGUAAAGCCAUUGCCUCAAAUAGGCAAGGACUAGAGAGUAAGGCUGACAAAUUGAGCAACUCUCUCAAUGUAAACAAAUUACUCAAAUUGAUGCCUUGGUCAUCUUUGUGUGCAAAGGAUGAACAACAUGUGGGGGAGGGGGUUGUUUAUUUUUUAAUUUUUUGAGUUUCUGACAUGCUAUAAUACCUUUAAUAAAUCCAACUGUAAACUGAAACAUCUGUGAAAUCCAUGAUAUUUAAAUAUAAGUCUUAAAAAAAUCACUGCAAGGUUUCAUAUUUAUCAUCAUUCUAUUACUUUGUGUUUACAAUGGCUUGAUAUCACAAUAGUAAUAGCCUCAGACAACUUUAACUUCAAGUCAACCUUACAUGAUUCUUUGCCUGAGAUGUAAUUAUUUUAUUGGACUGAAACAAACAAACACACUGGCUUAAAGCAUUAUUUUUACAACACGCCCUACACGUUUCUGCAGGACUCCAUCCCUGCGCACAAUAAAAAUACAAGUUCUACUUUUUAAUCUUGCAGGCAUAAAUUGAAUUUUUAAAAACUAGUUUUAACAAGAGUAUAACAUUAAUUUAACAAGCACUUCUUGAGCCAAAGAGUCAAAGACUGGCAAAGACCUUGGUUUUGCUGCCUGUACCACUGCGGUGUACACAGGCCAAAGCCAAUGGUUUUGCUCGGUUCACCGCCACUGCGUACAUAGUGCCAGCCUCAAUACUAUUAACAGAACAGGGGUGGGCAAACUACCCCCUGCGGUGGCCUGGCAACUGAUAUUAUACGGCCCUCGAAGGCAACUAGAAAUAAAAAAUUUACUUUAUUUUUAAGUUAUUUUGUUGAAUUUUACAGCAUUUCAUGUACCGUUAUGAUUUUUAAAACAUUUUUGAUCUAAUUUCUUUCUAAUUUUCUAUUUUUUUAAACAGUCCUUGACUUUAAGUCAGGUAAUGCUGAAAUGCGAAAUUACCGAUUUUAAAUAUAGAGAAAUGUUUAUCGACAUAUAAAAAUUGGACAUAAUAUACAUGUGGCCCCCAAAUAGCUUUACAUUUGUCAGUGCAGGCCCGUUCUUAGGCAUACGCUGACAACGCAUCCGCGUAGGGCCCUGAACGUGAGGCGCCCUCGAUCCCCCGUUUUUUUUUUUUAAACUGGCACUGCAGCCGUCUGUGUCACUCACGUUACCUUCCUCAUCCUGAAAUUUAUCAUUCUGAGUUGAAUUCGGAGGCAGGGGAAGGGAAGCAGCGGGGGGGAGCUUUGGGGUUGGGAGACAGGAAAUCGGGGGCUUGGCCGUGGGAAUGGGAAAGAGGAAACAUUGAUGAAUGCAGAAGGGGGGUGCCGCAGUGGUGGGUUUUUUCUCUUCAGCUCGGGGGAGCUCCCCCCCCGGAACCCCCCCCCCCCCCUUCCGGGGACCCCAACCUAUGCUCCAUGCUUAGGACCCCCAAACUCCUAAGAACGGCUCUGGUCAGUGUGGCCCUCUGCACAAAAAGUUUGCCCACCACUGGUAAAGAAUAUGAACUAUAGGUCUAAUAUGUUACAUUAAUAAUAUUAAGCCAAAAACUAGUGUGUAAUGACAAAAUGAGGAAGCCUGAAUAACUAUUAUAGGCUUGAUGAUUUUGUCAUGGUAUGGCAAAUGCUGUCUGAAUCACACUAUUUCCUCAAGGUGUUGGCUUGCCUAGCCUGUAGUCAGGAUAGUAGAUAUAAAAGGCUUAAGGUGACCAUUGUUUUCACACAAAAAAACAGGACAUUGAACAUCAUUUUGCACCUUGCGUGUCUCACAAUAAACAACUAUUUGUGAUUACACAGAAACAAUGAGGCAUUCUUUCGAGAAAAAAUUUCCCUGAUUCCAUUUGGAUUUAUUAUAUUUAUUUUAGUUGUGUCAUUUAUUUAUGCCCAGACAGGUAUCAGAACAAGUGAUACAAUUUUGUAUUCUUAAACUGUGUAGUCUAUAGGCUACUUGUUUCAGCUAAUAAAAAAACAGGACAAAUGUCCAAAAACAAUUGAUGACCAGGUAAAAACACUAUGCAAAGUCAACUUAGCCUUAGGCAUAAAAUAUUGAUAAUUAAAUUACGCCUAACAAUAAUAGUACUGGAUAUAUAGCAUUAGCUAUUAGCUUAACUAGUCCCACCUUAGUCUUAGCUUUAGUUUACUGAGACUUAGUAGGCUAAGAAUAAGAUAUGUUUUAAUUAUGUUUAAUAAUUAUAAUUAGGCCUAUUUUAAGCUAACUUUAAGUCUACUACAGCAACAUCUUUCCCUCAACAUGUUUGGAGAUUUUUUUCUACCACUUGAUCUUGUCCAUGCACCUAUUUAAUAAUAAUAAUAAUAAAGUUCAUUUCAAAAACACGCUUCAUCCCCAAAGGCUCGAAGCGCGGUACAAAGUCAACAAAAAACAAAUCUAUAAUUUACCACAUUUUAAACAAACGCAACACUACAAAAACUAAUUACAAGCAUACAAUGGCAAAGUCUUUCUACCCAUUUCAACCAUAAGCAACACAGCCAUUAUGCAUUAACUGGAAAAUAAGGUAGACAAUCAUCCCAGAAGGUGUUUGCGAAAUAGAUGUGUCUUUAAAUCGGUUAUAAAGGACUCCAGUGUCUGGUUGUUUCUGAGAUCGACAGGAAGUGCGUUCCAAAUUGUUGGACCAGCAAAUGCGAAAGUGCGCUUUCUGUAAGUCUCAUGGCAAACACGUGGUGUCGAGAGUUUGCCACUAUCGGAUCAGCGGAGCUCUCUAGUGGGUACAUAAGGCGUCAGCAGCUCUUUCAGAUAGGACGACGCCAGGUCAUGUAAGCAGCGGUAGCACAAAGUUGUGAUUUUGUAUUCUAUGCGAGCACGCACCGGCAGCCAGCUCAACUCUCUCAGAAGUGUUUUUGCAUGGUCGAACUUGCGUUUGCGGAGAACAAUGCGAGCCGCAUUAUUCUGUGCUAUUUGAAUUUUAUCCAGGAGCGUAGCUGGAAGACCCACCAUGAGAGCAUUGCAAUAGUCCAUGCNUGCAUAGCAUGUUAAUAUGACUUUCAAAAGUUAGUCUUCUAUCUAGGUAGACACCCAGGUACCGCACUGUUUGAGCUAACUCAAUACGCACACCUGAGAGAGUAAUGGAUGUCGUGUUAUUUGCAGAUUUUUGCUUCUGAGCGGUCGCGAUGGGGAGCAGCUCAGUCUUAUCAUCAUUUAAUUUGAGCUUGUUUAUGGUCAUCCAGUGCUUAACCGACUCCAUUGUCUUCUGUGUCAUACUAAGCAGCUGAGGGAACUGAGAAGGGAUCACGGAUUGAUGAAGUUGUGUAUCGUCCGCGAACAUGUGAUACAACAUGUCAAACUGUUAAUGUUAAGUUUUGUAAAGGUCAUAUUUGUUUGUCUCCUAUUUCUGUACCAUAUUUUUUUUUAAGUUACAGGAGUAUCACAUAUGUUUAUUGAUAAGAUUUGUUUAAUUUUCACUUGUUUUGAUCUCCAUAGUGUUUAGCAUUUAAAUAACUAUGAGUUUUGUUUUGCUUUUUUGAUGUCUUUAUCCAAUAUCCUUUACUGCAGAUUCCACUCUCCACAUAUUUAAAUGAGUCUUUAGGGCUUUUUGUAUCAGUUGUAUUGGCACGUUUACCAAAAACUUGAUCAAAAGAAAUUUCGUCGACUCUACUAUAUAGUAAAACACAAUAAUGCGUUCAAAAAAAAAAAAAAUUGAAGCAAAAUUUUAAUGUAAAACCUGAAAAAAAGAUUCAACCAAAUGUCCGUUCGAUCAAAUUACCGUCGAUCUGUCGACUAAAUUUCUUUCAAUCAAAUUUCCGGAUACGGUUUUGGCACAUACUAAUUGUAAGCAACUUAAAAAAUGAUAAUUUUUUGACUUUGAACAAUUAAUCCUAAAUUAUGUUUUUCCUUGCCAGUACCUGGGAGAGAAAUUUCUCAGAAUAAUAUACAGGUCUGUACAGACUAAUGCUGAUUGGCUUUCAUAACAUUAGAAGAAAGAAACGAAUUACUAAUCAGCCAGAAAUAGGGCAUACUUCAGUAAACAGAAACUACUCAAAGAAAAAAAAAUACAAGAAAUACAAAGAAAAAAAAAUACAAGAAAUACAAAGAAAAUAUUUAUAAAACUGUAAUGAGACCAGUUGUAACAUACACUAGUAAAAAUUGGACCCUAACAAAAACAUUUGAAAACCAAUUAAACAUAUGGGAGAGAAGAGUUCUCUGUAAAAUUAUAUGGACCAACAUAGGAUGAAUAUGGAUCGAGAAUAUGAACCAACCAGGAAUUGGCCAGUCUAUAUCAGGAUCCCACACUAGUAGCAGAAAUAAAAAAGGGUAGGCUACGCUGGGCAGAACACUUAGAAAGAAUGCCAAAUCACAGAGGAGUGAAGAGGCUCAAAGGCAGACCUAGGCUUAGAUGGAUGGAUGAUGUGGAAAAAGAUCUACAGCAGCUGGGAAUCCAAGCAUGGAAAAGAAAAGCAUUAGGCAGGUCUGGGUGAGGCAGGCCAAAGCUGUACAUGGGCUGUAGCGCCACAGGGAUGGAUGGAUUUUCAGGAUAAUGAUGGAUGGAGAAUUCUGACAAAUAAAGAAAUAUACCAGUUGUUCCAAGACCCAUCCACAGUCAUGACAAUUAAAAAAGAGAUGUUGUGCUGGACAGGACACUUUGAGAGGAAGCCCAGAUCAUAGGGGAGUAAAAGUGGUUUACACACAGAAACUUAGAUACAGAUGGGUCACCGGUCAACCAAGAUAGAAGGCUUGAUAAUUUUGAAAUCAGAUGGGAUUCCAUGCAUGGAGAUGAAGAGCCAUGGAUCAUUAAGAAUUGAAGGAUAUGGUGGUGGAGGCCAGAGCCCUAUAUGUGUUCCAGCGCCAUUGAUGAUUGUUUUUUUUAUGCGACACACACAACAAAUGUAAUUUUAAAAUCCAAAUACACUUGAAAUUUGUUCAUGACUUCUACUAACAGAGCCGUUCUUAGGCAUAGGCCAACUAGGCGACCGCCGGGCACUUUAUUUUUAAACCUACAACUUGUACAUAUAUUCAGAAGUACACAUUUUCUCUAGCCUCGGAAUUAUCAAUAUGGUUAGUGGUUAUACGCGAGCAAAGAGGAAACAGUGAUGAAGGCAGAAUGGAGGUGUCGCAGUGGUGGGUGUUUUUUUCUCCUCAGCUCCAUGCCUAAGCCUCUAAAAUCCUAAGAACAGCUCUGCUACUAUGUAAAAUAGAAUAAUUUGUGACUUCAUAAAAGCCAUGAAAAAAAUAAAUAAAAUAUUAAUCCAUAUAAAAGUUGUUGUUGACUAUUGUGGAAUAAAAUGAACUAAAAAACCAAUUAAUUCUUCUCUGAUCUUAUUAGGUAUUUGAAAGACUUUUACACUUACAUUGACCCCUUAACUAUGUGAUGUGUGGAAUUAUAUAAUUAUAGCAAUUGACACUUUGCAUUGAUAAUUAUUCCUCAUCAUUUACAGUACAAAUGAUUUUAGCACUGAGGAUGAAAGCAGAUCCAGCCAUGAUCAAGUUUGUUGUUUGAUAGACAGUGGUGAAAAGUGUCAGAGGCAAGCAGGGAAUGCCAGUUAUAGCAAACGAAUUCAAAAUCAAGCUCGUAAACUGAAACUCACACGCGAUGAAAUGGUAAGAAUAAAACGGUAGGGUAUAAUUUUGUUAACAUGAAAACUGAGCCGAUUUUAACAUAGCGUUUGCCCUUGUGUGGAGGGAGGAAAAUGCAGGUCAAGAAAAAAGUGUCCUUUAUAAGUCGACAUUAAUGUACAUCGAGAGUCCAAAUCGUCCGAUAUUAAUAAUAAGCUUAUGUUAUCCACUUACUUUUAAAAAAUGCAAGACAUAAAAAAACAAUCAAAACACGUUCUUUUUAAUAAUAGGAAUCUAUUUUUGGUUCUCAUAAUUGUUAUAAAAUAUUCUAAUAUUUUUAUUUUUAUGUAAAUAUUUAUGUAUUAACAUAUUUAAUAUAAUACCGGUACACUAAAAUUUGAACCUUGGUUAAAAAAUUGAAGUAAUUUUGUGGUUAUUUUAAUUUUCUCCCAAUUUUUAUUCUCCUACAGAGUCCUCACAUUUAUAUCUGUGACUAUCAUAAAACACAGAUUCAGAAUGUCAGAACAAAGAGGAAGCGUAAAGAUAGUGAAGAUGACCAAGGAUUUCACGAUGGUGUUGAAGAAAUUGUAGAGGUACUACUGCAUUGUCACAUCAAUUUUUGUACAAUACCUGAGCACUAUAGUCUAAAUCAGUUUAUUCAUUUCUUUUUCAAAAGUAUAGAUAAACUGAAACAAUAUUAUAUUACCCUAGAAAACUUAUUUAUUGAACUUGUAAAUAAUACAAGACAAAAAAAAUGCAUGGGUAGAAAUCAGGGUUAUGGUCUAAUUAAUCUGCUAUUAGUUAUUGAGACUAAUCAUAUGACCAAAUGACAAUUGACUGGUCAUUUUGGACUCUUUUCAACUUUAAGUCAUCUAUUUAAGUUUUUUGAAAACUUAAUUACUGAAUCUUUUCUAGAUUAAUGUCCCUUUUUUAAAAAGAGAUACAUCUUUACUUUUACUUUUAUCUUAAAGUUUUUAAAAUAAAAGAUUAUUUUCUGAUUUUCAUAAGAUUGACUUCUACCAAAUGCCAGUGAACACGUUAAGGAAGUACAAACGUCAUUACAAACUACCCACUCGUCCAGGCCUGAGCAAGGCACAGUUAGCAGAUGUGAGUCAAUUUACUCUUGCUGAUGCAUACAUAACUUUGUAUUUAAUUCUUAUUUUGCCUUAUAAUUAAAUAAGCAUAAUGUAUAAGCAGAAACUUGAUGAGAAAAAACGAAUGAAUACAAAAAAAUUAACACACGUUCUAUUCAUCGUCAGUUCUCAAGGAAAAGUUUUGGAGUUGCCAAAGCUAUUAAAUAAGUAUGAAGUAAUUAUUGAAAUAAUGGUUAUUCAACCCGUAUCAAAUUUUUCAUUUCAUGGUCACAAAAUUGAGGACUCAAUUGUACAAGCAUCAAGUUGUACAAACUCAUCAAGUUGUACAAGCAUGUACAACUUGAUGGGUUCUGCUGCCUCUAAGCCACAGUACAUUAAUUAAAAUAUGUUUUCUAGAUUAAUUAAUUCAACAUAAUUCUCAAGCUAGUAUAAUUCUACAUAAAUCUGAAUCUUCAUUUCACAUAUUUUUGUUCUUCCACAGGCAGUUGCAAGUCACUUCAAAACUAUUCCAGUUUUGGAAAAGGAAACUUUGCAGAUGUUCUUUUACACAACAAAGACAAAGCGUUACGAUAAUAAAGAUUCUACAUAGACCACUAUUAUCGUUGAUGUAUUUUGUCUGUUACUCAAGUUUUUAUGUCCGCUUGCAUUAAUAACUGUAUGUUGGUUUUUUUUCAAAGUUGAAGGCUUCAAAUCUUGUUUUGGAUGGGACACACUUUCUAAUUGAAAAAAAUUCAAAAUAAGCUUGCCUUUCAAUUUUUACCAAUGAAAAAUAGUUUAAAAAUUCAUGUAAAUAAUGAAAUCUAUUUUAUCAUUUAACUUAAGGUAGGAAUUCUAAUUUUGAGCCUUAGUUUCUGAAUAAGAAUCAACUUCAUGUAUAUUAUCAUCUAUAAAAGUAAAAGUAGAGAUGUCUGUAUUAUCUCUAACUUAUUUACUGUUCAUCCUAGGAACAAUUUAGGGACCACUUAAAUCUUUGCAGCUCUUCAUUACCUCCUUUUAAAACCAAGCCUUUACUCUAGUUUAUACAUUUAGACAUAAAGUGACAAGUAUAAAUAUGUUACAAUUUAUUUGAAUAAUCAUAAUGGAAUGUUUGUUUACAAGCUGUUGAUUUGAAAUUGCUUUAACAACUUUUUAAAUUAAUAUUAUACCUGAACCUUGUUUUAUAUACCAUGCUUUUCCAGUUUCGAGUCUUUGUGGGUGGGGUGGGGGCUGCAAAAGUCAAUGACUCUUGUCACCCCCAUUAAUUAAAUAAGCUUAAAUAUAUCAUCACUUUGUAUUUGUAAAAGAAAUGUAUGUUUUAUUUAAAGAUAAGCACAGGUUCAUUAUGGAUUUUUAUCCCACAUAGUUGUUCCUCAAGAUAUGAUUUACUUUUACAUGAUUAAAAUAUUUUUAAAAAAAAUCUUGAUAAAUUCAUGGAACUGAUUCAAAUGCUGUAGUGGGCACACAUAGCAUGAGGGUCAAACCUUCCCUGUAUGAGUAUCAGAUCAGAUAAAAUUAAUUUAUCUUUGUACCAAUAAUUAAUACCCUAUAGUUUUGUCAAUCAGUCACUAAGUAGUAGUAGUUGAGAAUAUUAAACUUAAACUCAUGAGAUACAAUUAUACAAAUUCUAACUAGUCAAACACAUAAGAUAAAAUACUGAUAAAUAACAUUAAUAUAAUUUUAUGUAACUUGCUUAAUUAAAAAUUCUUUAACUUUAAUGGUUAUUUAAUUUUCCACAUUUAUUUAAAUCAAUGAAAAUAACUAUUUGUAUUCAUUUCAAUAAUUUCAUGCAACCAAUUGGAUAACGAGUCCCAACAAAUAUGUACCAGAUUUUAUUUCUCUGCACUGGUUUUAAUUUCCAUUCUAAAAUAGUGACUACAACUUAAAAAACAAUAUGCCUUAGCUGAUAGAAUCCUGAUGUUUUCAACCGCUAAAAAUGGACUUCUUACAACAGCUUAGAAACUAACAAUGAACAAUUUUUAUGUUUUGACAUCAAUCCUUCUGCAGAAUAAUAACUAAUUUGACAUCUUCAUGAUUUCUUUUCAUGGCACAUAAAUUAACUGGCAGCACAGUUCUUUAUCGCAGAGGUAUCUGUUUCUUGCCAAAUUUCUUUUUAGGAAAUAAAGCUCAGUUUUUUUUAUUGCAGAAGUAUCUGUUUCUUGCCAAAUUUCAUUUUAGGAAAUAAAGCUAUUGGAAUACUUAUAAUGAGGAACUUGGCACAUGAUGAUUACAUUCAUACUGCAUAAGGCUGUUAUCUAAAAAGUUCUCAAAGUAGUCCCCGCUUGAAUAAUAUACUUAAAUUUUAACAUUUGAAUGAAUAACAGUAAAAAUUAUUAAUUAAAUGUCUGAAAGAACAUUGAAUAGUUGUAUAGAUAUUAUAUUUAACGAAUCAAAAAUCUGAAAAA